AUGUUGAAAUACCUGGUGAUUUUAACGAUAUUCGCGAGCGGAUUUCACGCCCUCAUCCCCGAUUACGCGGAAAACGACACCCUCAGCAACGAUAUAAACGAUCUGCAAGACAACAACCCCCUCGCGGCGGUUUAUGGUAAUUUAAUGGAAACCUUGAAGUACCCCAAAGACGUGGAACUCAACGAAUACAUCACCUUCAGCACGAACAACCCCCAACAAGUGGACGCGCAGAGCAAAAACAACGAGAACGCGGGGGUGGGAAUUGGUAAUUUCACCACCACCGAAGCUCCGGUUUACCGCCCCACGAAGAUGGAGGUGGAAUUCAACAGUUUGACGUGGGAGGAGCGCUGGCAGAGGGUCUGGGAGAGCCUCGGGGGGUUCCUGGAGAGCCACGAUGUGGAUUUGGUGGUGCCUUAUUACGAGUCUGCGAUGGUGAGGGUGUCGUUGAGGGAUUAUAUGAAUAACGGGAGCGCCAUCGAUUUUAAGAUUUAUCCGGAGGGUAAAACUGCGGUGGACGGGGGCGAUAAGGGGCCCAAGGAAGAGGUGGAGUCUUUGAAAAGAUUGACUCUAAUUGAGAUUUCCACAGCGGGUGGAGGUGGAGGGGGCCACAAGCGCGUCAUCAUCCACGUACCUGUCAAAGUGAAGCACAUCCAUCACACGCACACGGUCGUAAAACACGUAGGCCAUGAAGAGCCCGCCGGCGACGAGUACAAGGUCAUCGGCUACUCGGGCGGCAUCGACGACGGCGAAUUAGUAUCUCACGGGCACGGCCACGGCGCCGGACUGGGCGCCGGAUCCCACGGAGGCGGCGGCGGCGGCGGCGGCUGGGAGAGCGCCGACUUCGGCCACGCAGGCGACUCCUCGUCAUCGCACGGCGCCCAACUGGACGCCGGCUCGAUCACGCUGGGCGGCGGUCACGGAUACGGACUGGAAGCGGCCCAAGGAGGCGGUCACGAUUUCUCCCAAGGGGGCGGUCACGAUUUCUCGCAAGGAGGCGGUCACGAUUUCUCUCAAGGAGGCGGUCACGAUUUCUCCCAAGGAGGCGGUCACGAUUUCUCGCAGGGAGGCGGUCAUGACUUCUCGCAAGGUCACCAAAGCGCCGAAGGAGGCGCUGGACUGGGCGCGUACGGAGGCGGGGAAUCGUUCGAUCACAAUUCCAUAUCUCACGGGGAAGGAGGCGGCGCCGGUGGCGGCCACGAUUGGGCGGCGGCGGCGCAAGGGGGCGAUGGGGGCCACGGGGGCUACUAG